AGAGGCCAAUUUCAUUCAUCUCCCCUGCCCAAUACACUUUCUCUCUCAAAAAUAUUCUUGUAUUUUAUUUCUUCAAGAGCUCAAAAGCUCCAUUAAUGGCUUUCUACGCCUAAAUCAUGUACCGUGUACACACCCCCGAUAUUAAUAAAAAUCCCCCGUUGGCAAUGAUGCCACAGCCACUUAUUCUUCGCCUUCUCAAAUCUAAGCACUGAGGAAUUCAUAUGACAUCUCAAUGAAGCAAACCUAACGCACCUGUUUGACCCAGGAGAAAGUGAUACCGUCCGAAUUCUAUGACUUCUUCUUUGCUUCUCCCUGGGCUUCACGGUCCGGCGACUGCCGGCUGCAGGUGGGACAACUGCGGUUGUCUUGGGAUCCAGAAAUCCAGCUUUUUUUCUACCCCUAAGCUCACAUUUUCACCCAGCCGCAGAACGAAGAAGAACAGUUUGGGAGGAGAUUUCUCUUCUCCCGAAGCUUCAAAGUCUCGUCUCGACCGAAUACCCAAACAGUUCCGUGGGGAGAAUCUCAAAGAUGGGUUGAUGGAGAACUAUAAAAAUGUACCCCGCACUCUCUACGGCCUUUCUCCGUCACAGAUGAACAUGUUCAUGACAGAAGAUAACCCUGUUCACAGGCAAUCCAAAAGCGUCAAUGAGGAAAGCAUAUCAUCAAGACACAAUUAUUUGAACAAUGGUGGGAUGUACACCAUUGAAGGUUCUGAAAAUUACAGCCCUAGUAUAACCAUGUAUGGUGGAGCGGCAAGAGGGUCCGUUCCCCGUUCAAAAUCUGAGCCUCCCGAUUUACCUUCAGAGCUUCUAGAUGCUCGAAUCGUGUUUCUGGGCAUGCCGAUUGUGCCAUCCGUUACUGAGCUGGUUCUUGCUCAGUUUAUGUGGUUAGAUUUUGACAACUCCACAAAGCCUAUACAUCUCUAUAUUAAUUCAUCUGGCACCCAGAGUGAAGAGAGGGAGUUGGUUGGCUCUGAAACAGAUGCAUAUGCAAUAGCUGAUUCCAUAGGUUUCUGCAAAGCACCUGUGUACACAGUGAAUGUUGGUAUGGCACAUGGUCAAGCAGCUAUGCUUUUGGGACUUGGGAAGAAAGGCUACCGAGCCUUACUGCCACACGCGUCCACAAAACUUUAUCUGCCUAGUAUUAGCAAAUCAAGUGGACCCGCCACGGAUAUGUGGAUUAAGUCAAAGGAACUGGAGGCAAACGCAGAUAGUUAUCUGGAUCUAUUGUCAAGGAGUGUGGGUAAACCAAAGGAAGAGAUAGAGAGAGAUAUUCGGCGGACUAAAUAUCUGUCCCCGCAAGAGGCCAUUGACUAUGGCCUUGCAGACAGGAUUUAUCAAAGAGGAGAUGAUGCCUUUGAUAAACGGACCAAUGCCGAGGCUCUGCUUGCCAAAUCAUUAGCUAUGAGGAGAGCCGCUGGACCAUCGCCAAGUGCUGACUCUGGGUAUAAUAAAGGCUGGUAAAGAGUUUACUCAAAGUAUACCAUAUACCUGUGGCUGCUUUUUAGUACUGUUUUGAUCUUCUAGUACUAUCUUGUGUGUAAGGUUUCUGUCAUUUGGAUUGCAUUAUUUCUUUUGGGGAGUUUAUUUGCAUGAUGAGCUUAGGGCAGAGUUUAUAUUUCUACUGUUAAGUUUGGGUGACUUGGUACUGAUGUACGAGAGUACAGUUGAAAGUCGUAUAAAAUCAAUGUCCAUUU